AGUUGUCUUAAAGUUAAAUCUUAGCUAGUGGACGGCCUUCUGUUUUGAGGCUUUUUCCUCGGUUCAGCGCAAACUCUGUACCUGUACCGGAAACGUUUCACAUUAAUUGGUUGAAAAAAUAUAUUAUUGGUUGACAUUAGGCCAUGGAUGGGGUUGAAUCGUCUGCAGUUAAAAUUAUCAUGAGAGCCGUCGAACUUGAAACAGACGCUCGAUUGCAACCGGCGUUAACCUGCUAUCAAGAAGGCAUAGAUUUACUCUUGGAAGUCUUAAAAUCAUGCCAGGAUCCAGAGAAAAAGAAGAGAUAUAGACAAAAGGUUUCAGAAUACAUGACACGGGCUGAACAAAUAAAGGAAAUGGUGAAACGACAAAAGGAAGAAGGCAAAUAUCAUGAGCUGAUUCAUAUCAAGGAAAAUGAGACAGGAUUUGGAUAUGAAAAGGUGUUUGGAUCGUAUCUCGAUCAUACAGUAACGGAAGUUCAUGUUGAAGAUGCUUAUAUAAGAAAUUUUCCACAGAUAAACAACUUUUUGCAGCUGUGUGAGCUACUAGUUCUCAAAUGUACAAACUUGAAAACCAUUAAUCUGAUGACAACUAGAGAUAUGAACCAACAUCAUCAAGCUGAUAACCUUGAUCAUAUACGAACCAGUUUAUUAAAAAGAAGCAUUUCACUCAUAAUCACAUUUUCUGACUCUUUGCAUGACAGAGAAAUAAGACUCAAUAAUGGUUGGAUCAUAAAAAUAGGCAGAGGAUUAGAUUACUUCAAAAGAGCAGAUAAAUUGUCAAUUGGAUUACAUAAUUUAAACUUAAGAACAUGCCAUGCAACGACUAUUGAUGUAUUCCACUCUAAACACACUAAAGAGAAGUGAUGAUAACCAACCACCUGUCACAGGUGAUCUGUGUCAUAUUGUGUAAACAAGACUCUUAGAUCAGUGGUUCUCAAACUUUUUAAGCCCUUUUAAAAUUUGUCUCGGCCCCCACCUCAAAAAUACCUAGCUAACAAUAAGCCACAAAUAACAGGUAGUAAGGCGAAAGCACUUCGAAAAAAAAAAAAUGUUUACUUUAUGAGGAAAUGUAAACGGUAAAGAAAUGUAAAUAUCUAAAAUAAUGCGACUAGGACCAAAUCUAACAAAUAUUUUUAUUUUUUAAUCAGCUUCACGCCCCAUCAAAAAAACUGUCUACGCCCCCUCUGUGGAGCGCGCCCCACCUUUUGAGAACCAUUGUUCUAGAUGUUUUACUCAAUCAACCAACUGAACUCUACACUCUCUAUGAAACUCUCUUUUUCAUAUAUUUUAUAGGUUUCCUAUAAUAUCAAUGAUUAAUUUAAAAACAUCAAUCGCAAGCUUUUACUGCAAUAUUAUCUGCUCUCUUCAAGGCUGCUGGAGCAGCAUGUGGACACAGCUUGGCGCUGAGUACUGUGUUAUCAUGAUUAUGUCAGCCGAUUAGUCGGGCUGGCGUUUAUUUAUUCUGGUAUAAAAUGUGUAGCACUCGCCAGUGAUAUAUUUCCUAACAUUUUGAUGGCAGCUGGGAAUGUUGGAGUGAUAAAGCUUUUUCUUAUGCAGUACCUAAUUAUCAAACUGUGCAAUUUUGUAUACAAGCACUUCAAAGUAUUAUUGGAAAUAUUGUUUUCAUUAUGUAUUUAUUAGGAUUGGGAUUUGAGAAAACUUGCAGUAGUGGGUGGUGAUUUGGCAACUGGAAGUUGUGAAUGUAUAAUUACUGAUGAUAAGAUGGUCAACAAGACUGCCAAAGUAAAAUCCUUCAUUUCUACAAGUCAAACUGCUAAGUUUAGUGUUUGUUAGGUGGGAGUGUUUCAAACACUUUGUCGAGUGAACAAAGCACUGAGAUAGCUUCUAUGAAUGUUUUAUUUCAUAAAGCUUGAGAGGGUUGCUGUCAAGAUUGUUUUAAAUGAUACCAAAUGACAAAUUUUGACAUGGAAUAGGGAUGGCGUCUUUUUUAGAGGACAUAAAUCUUUUAUUCAAUUAAUACACCGACUCUGAGACACUGUUGGAGUCCUUUAUUUCUGGACAAUAACUACUGGAUCCUAAAGUUCGUUCGGAUAUGUUUUUCUUAAUCGGCAUGGGAUUAUACGUUUCUCAAGGGAAAGGAAAGCUUAUAACAUAACCUAAUAUGGCAUAGCCUUAUCAUCGUUCAAUUUUGGGGUAGGAAGAAAUGAAUUACCGUAUCAUCUUUACACAUGUAAUAAUAUGAAUCCAACAGCUUAUUCUAUCCGGAGCAUUAAGCACAAACAUAUCUAUUAUAAAUCACAUGAAUUUAUUCUGUAUCGAUCAUUGUCAUGAAAAAUGAAAUAUAUUUACUAGCGGUUUGACGCCAAUGUAUUGCACAAACUAUUAGACCAGGCAAUGUAAAUUUUUAUUUCUGCAAUGCACAUUGCUUCAACUCGGGAUAUAACAUGUGGAUAUUUUCUCUGUAUCCUGGUAAAUCAUGCCAAACUCUAAAACCCAGAUUAACAUUAUUUGACAUGAAAAAUUCACAUCAAUGUAUUCUGUCAAUAGCAAUGACACAUGUUAGACUUGAAUUCAGUAAACACUGAUUCAAAUGCAUGCGAUUAUAAACGAAAAA